AUGGCAGCGCAGUCUGAUGGAGGGGGAGAAAUGGAGGAAGGAGGGGGGGUGUUUGAUGGAGACACAGAGGAAGACUGUCAGCCUCUGGACUCUGCAGCUAUCCACAUCUGUCUCUGCUGUCACUCUGCUGUCUGCUACUGGGGCUGUCGCUCCAACUGUCUGGGAAACCUGCUGGGGAAAGACACUACUGGAAGGAUCGGGGGUACCGGAGUUGGAGGUGGUAGGAGUUUGAGGGAGACUCGCUGCCCACCAGAGGAGGGACUGUGGCUGGACUGUCUCUGGUUGAUCCUGGCUCUCCUCGUCUUCUUCUGGGAUGUGGGAACAGAUCUGCUUCUCGCUGCAGACUACUAUGACAGACAGGACUAUCUGUGGUUUGGCCUGACGCUCUUCCUGGUGCUGGUGCCGUCGAUUGUAGUUCAGAUACUGAGCUUCCGCUGGUUCAUCCAGGACUACAGCGGAGAGUGUCUGACCACCUGGCUGGGGACAGUGGACUGCAGCAAGGGAGGAGAGAGAGAAAAGCUGACCAGGCAAGGGCCAACUGGCCACAGGGGGGUUUAUCCUGGAACAGACCGGGUCAGAGUGGCCUCAGUCUGGCUGUGGCAGAUCACCAUACACAUUCUACAACUGGGACAGGUCUGGAGGUAUAUCCGUACUUUAUACCUGGGUAUCCAGUCCCACCGUAUGAAGGAGCAUAAGGAGGCACAGAGGAGGUUCUACUGGGCCAUGAUGUUUGAGUACGCAGACGUCAACAUGCUGAGGCUACUGGAGACCUUCCUGGAGUCAGCUCCUCAACUAGUACUACAGCUCUGUAUUAUGAUACAGCAGAACCGGGCUGAGACUCUACAGUGUAUAUCUAGUCUAGGCUCUCUUCUGUCUCUAUCCUGGGUGUUGGCCUCGUACCACAAGCUCCUGCGCGACUCCAGAGACGACCAGCGCAGUCUGAGUUAUCGCGGUGCCCUCCUCCACCUUCUCUGGCGCCUCCUCACCAUCUCCUCCCGCGUUCUCUCUCUCGCCCUCUUCGCAUCCCUCUUCCACCUGUACUUUGGCAUCUUCGUGGUGCUCCACUGGUGUGGCAUGGCCCUGUGGGUGGUGCAUGGAGGAACAGACUUCUGUAUGUCUCGCUGGGAGGAGGUUUUGUUUAACAUGGUGGUGGGCAUCGUCUACAUCUUCUGCUGGUUCAACGUCAAGGAGGGACACACCAGGGGACGCAUGGUGGCUUACUACUCUGUGGUACUGGCUGAGAACACACUGCUUACUGGACUGUGGUAUGUGUAUCGUGACCGUGAAGAGACAGACAGCUACGCAGUUCCAGCGUUGUGUGGUGUCUACCUGUCCUUUACGGGUGGAGUACUGGUGAUGCUUCUGUACUACGGCCUUCUUCACCCCUCACACACACACCCCACCCCAGCAUCGACCUGGUGUGAUGAGCUGCUGUGGGGUAACCCCUUGCCCCCUUCAGCUCCGCCCACCCCAGCCCACCUUGCUGCCCCGUUUCACAGUGAUGACAUCAUCGCAGAAGGCUGUCUGCCGGUGUUCCAGGUGCGUUUGGAGCCCCCCACCUCGAGACGUUUCGAAGGUCCUCUGAUAAAGAUUGACAUGCCCAGGAAACGUUACCCAGCCUGGGACGCUCACUACGUGGACAGACGGCUGCGAAGGACCAUCAACCUACUACAGUACCUGACGCCUGCAGCCGCAGGCAUACGAUACAGGGACAGACCUCUGCUCUAUGAACUACUGCAGUACGAGUCUUCUUUCUGACACAUACACACAUAGACAAACACACAUAUUUACAAGUGCGCACAUGUAACCGAUGUGAAAUGGCUAGCUAUUUAGUGGUGCUCGCUAGUAGUGUUCAACCGGUGACCUCAUCCGCUCUGACCUAGAAGUAGUUGUUUCCCUUGCUAUGCAAGGACCACAGCUUUUGUGGAGUAACAGGUAACGAUGCUUUGUGGGUGAUGGUUGUCCAUCUGUUCAGAGGGUCCCUGGUUCGAGCUCAGGUUGGGGCAAGGAGAGGGACGGAAGCGACACUGAUACACACAAAUGUGACUCUUCUCUCUGUUUUGUAUUCCUCACUCUGCUGAGAAGACUGGAUGGUGACAGAAGACAGCAUGUCAUGUUAUUUUCACAUCUUCAUGAAUAAUACUAAAAGAUAAUAAUAUGAAAUUAGAAAAAAUGUGAAUGUAAUAUAAACAGCGGCCUGAAAGCUGUCUCCUAGCUGGGAGUUUAUUAUAUUUAGUUUGGUUAACUGGGUGUGUGUUCUCUUUAGUUUGGUUAACUGGGUGUUUAUUCUCUAUAGUUUGGUUAACUGGGUGUUUAUUCUCUUUAGUUUGGUUAACUGGGUGUUUAUUCUCUAUAGUUUGGUUAACUGGGUGUGUGAUCUCUUUAGUUUUUAACUGAAUGUGUAUAUAUUUAUAUGUACAGAGAUGUGUGUGUGUACUGUGUGUGUUGUGCCUGUGAGUCAUAGUAAAUUAUGUUUGCUUGUUUGUUUGCUCAGGAAGGCACAACAUUACAGAACGUUAAGAUAGACAUGAAUUGUGUAGAACAGAUAAGAUUUUCUGUCAUGUAGAAUACGGAUAUGUGAUUCUCUUUCUGAUGAACUCAUCCCUGAGGUCGUCAUGGUGACAGAGACCUUUACCUGACUACGUCUGACCAUCCCUCCACCAAUCGACACUAAGCCUUCCACCGAUCAACUUUAUAUGGUGCAAAUAUAUAUGAAUAUACAGUACCAGUCAAAAGUUUGGACACACCUACUCAUUCCAGGGUUUUUCUUUAUUUUUACUAUUUUAUACAUUGUAGAGUAAUGGUGAAGAUGUCAAAACUAUGAAAUAACACAUAUGGAAUCAUGUAGUAACCAAAAAAAAUGUUAAACAAAUCAAAAUAUAGUUUAUAUUUUAGAUUCUUCAAAGUAGCCACCCUUUGCCUUGAUGACAGUUUUGCGCACUCUUGGCAUUCUCUCAACCAGCUUCACCUGGAAUGCUUUUCCAACUGUCUUGAAGGAGUUCCCACAUAUGCUGAGCACUUGUCUGCUUUUCCUUCACUAUGCGGUCCAACUCAAUUGGGUUGAGGUUGGGUGAUUGUGGAGGCACAUCUGAUGCAGCAAUCCAUCACCUUCCUUCUUGGUCAAAUAGCCCUUACACAGUCUGGAGGUGUGUUGGGUCAUUGUCCUGUUGAAAAACAAAUGAUAGUCCCACUAAGCACAAACCAGAUGGGAUGGCUUAUCAUUUCAGAAUGCUGUAGUAGCCAUUCUGGUUAAGUGUGCCUUGAAUUCUAAAUAAAUCACUGGCAGUGUCACCAGCAAAGUACCAUCACACCUCCUCCAUGUUUCAUGGUUGGAACCACACAUGUGGAUAUCAUCCGUUCACCCACUCUGAGUCUCACAAAGACACAACGGUUGGAACCAAAAAUCUCAAAUUUGACCAAAGGACAAAUGUCUAUUGCUCGUGUUUCUUGGCCCAAUCAAGCCUCUUCUUAUUGGUGUCCUUUAGUAUUGGUUUCUUUACAGCAAUUCGACCAUGAAGGCCUGAUUCACGCAGUCUCCUCUGAACAGUUGAUGUUGAGAUGUGUCUGUUACUUGAACUCUGUGAAGCAUUUAUUUGGGCUUCAACUUCUGAGGUGCAGUUAACUCUAACUUAUCCUCUGUAGCAGAGGUAACACUGGGUCUUCCUUUCCUGUAGCGGUCCUCAUGAGAGCCAGUUUCAUCAUUGUGCUUGAUGGUUUUUGCGACUGCACUUGAAGAAACGUUAGAAUUUCUUGACAUUUUCCAGAUUGACUGACCUUCAUGUCUUAAAGUAAUGAAGGAAUGUCGUUUCUCUUUGCUUAUUUGAGCUGUUCUUGCCAUAAUAUGGACUUGGUGUUUUACCAAAUAGGCCUAUCCUCUGUAUACCAUCCCUACUUUGUCAUAACACAAAUGACUUUCUCAAAUGCAUUAAGAAGGAAAGAAAUUCCACAAAUUAACAUUCCAGGUGACAAGAAGCUGGUUGAGAGAAUGCCAAGAGUGUGCACAGCUGUAAUCAAGCCAAAGGGUGGCUACUUGGAAGAAUCUCAAAUAUAAAAUGCACUUUGAUUUGUCGCUCUGGAUAAGAGCGUCUGCUAAAUGACUUAAAUGUAAAUGUAAAUGUUAACACUUUUUGGUUAUUACAUGAUUCCAUGUGUUAUGUCAUAGUUUUGAUUUCUUAACUAUUAUUCUACAAUGUAGAAAAUAGUAAAAAAUAAAGAAAA